UGUUUUUGACGAAAGUUGUUUGCAGGAUAUCUUGCACCAUAUACAUUCCCUUUUGCCACUACGAGAUGCUGCCCAUGCUGCCUGUCUCUCGUACAUUUUUAAGCUCAUGGAGAUGCUUUCCUAACCUUACAUUCAAUUGGAAAACUAUCGGGUUUAAUCUGGAUGAGGACACAUAUGAGACAGCAAAGAAAUUUAAGGAAUAUAUGGCAAGAAUCUACCACAUUUUCGAAAACCACUCUGGCACUGGGGUGAAGACACUUGAGCUCAAUCUUCGCCCAUGGGGCAAUGACUUCACGGCUAGCCAUCUUGACAUUUGGCUUCAAACUGCUGUCAAAUCUGGGAUCUUGGAACUUGUUGUGAACCUUCCUGAUGAUCACAGUCCAAAGUAUAACUUUCGAUGCUUGCUUUUAUCUUGUGCUGCAAGCUCGAUUCAGACUCUUUCCCUAGCAUCUGCUUUCCGCCCGACACUGAUGAUUGGCUGCUUGAGAAACUUGAAAAGUCUAUAUCUGAGACUUGUUACCAUUACUGAGGAGGAACUAGGAUGCUUCUUCUCCUGUUUCCUUGGAGGAGUUCGAAAUUUCCGACUGCAAUGAGAUCACUUCUUCCUUGAAGAUUCCUUCUUAUCUGCAGCGGCUUAGUAUCUUGCGGGUGCGUCGAUGCGAAAGGUUAGAGGUGAUUGAAAUUUACGCUCCAAAGGUCACCAGUUUUGUGUUCAUUGGGCCGCCGACGAAAAUAUCAAUCGUCGACUCGUCUCAACUGGAGACGGUGGUUAUGAAUGGUUCAACUUACUCUGGCAUGUUCCGCUAUGCUGUGACCAAGCUUUAUUCCUUCGCGUCCAAUCUUCACACACUUGUCUUGUUCUCGUAUGGUGAGGCCAUUAAUAGCACUCCGGGGUCAGCUCACAAAUUCCUCCAGCUCAGGCACUUGAAAAUUUAUUUUGAUGGCAGGAAAUUCCAUAGCAGCUUUGACUUUUUAUCUAUGGUUUCUUUUCUCGAAGCUUGCCCUGUGCUGGAAACGUUCUUCUUAUCAGCAGGUUCACGUUUUCGUGGAAGGCAGGAACCAACUUUGAAAGAUACGGAUGCAGAUUCAUGGCACAUUAAGCGGAUUCCAGGAUUCCGCCAUGACAAGCUCAAGAAAGUAUCGAUCACUGGAGUCCAGUCCACAAAGAGCUUGAUUGAGCUAGCAUGUCAAAUUCUUGAGAGUUGCUCAUCACUACGAUGCCUUGUGCUGGACACUACAAGUGGCUAUGAUGAUAGAAGCAUGUGUGAAAACUUGGGGUGGGAAGAUGUCAUGGAAGCCCUCAAAGGUUUCAAGGCGAUCAAAAGACAUCUCAAGGGGAAAGUUCCCUCUAGUGUUGAAUUAACUGUUUUGAAGCCCUGUGACCGGUGCCAUAUGUCCACACUUUAAGGUCUCCAUGGUGCUAUCCGUUUUGCAUGUGGUCAAAUUUGACCUUUUAAAAUGAGUCUCGCAAAACAGUCCGUAAGAUGAGACUACAUUGCAGCUAAAGUAUGAGGAUUUAUCAGAGAAGUGAAGAGGAUGAUAUUUUACAAGUUCAUGCCUAGUACAUAGCCUUUUUGUCUUGAGGACAGUUUAUGUAAUG